CUUUCAGGGCCAAUGGGCCAAAGGGAUGCGUCACGGCUACGGCGUCAGGAGCAGCGCUCCGUUCGGGUUGGCCGCCCACCGCCGACCUUCCCUCCUCAAGCCCGAUUCCGUGGAGGAGGCCGCCGAAGGCGCGCUGCCAAGCCCCGAACUCCGUCCCGAAGACUGCCGAGGAGGUUUCGUGCUCAAGGACCUCCCGAAUCAAGACACGGGCACGUGGGGGAGGUCGCUGCCAGCCGAUACGAAACGAGCCGCCCUGAAGAACUUGGUGUCCAAGACGAAACGCGGCCGGCGUUCCAGCUUCGAGGACCUGACUGAUGGUUCGGAUUCGGACGCCACAGAGAGCAGCUUCAUGGUCCAGGACGAAGUGAUCGACGGCAACGUUAUCGAGACCUACAUGGGGGAGUGGAAGAAUGACAAGCGCAGCGGAUUUGGCAUCGCCGAAAGAUCGGACGGAAUCAAGUACGCGGGCGAGUGGUACAACAACAAGAAGUUUGGGUACGGACUCACCACCUAUAAAAACGGCCAGGAGGAGUACGGAAAGUACAAGAACAAUUUGCUGCUGAUGUCCGGUGGCAAGAAGGGAUUGUUCCUGCUUCGAUCGGCGAAGUUUCGAGGACGAGUCGAAGCAGCUGUCAACACCGCCCACCGUGCUUCUCAAAUAGCCUUGCAGAAGGCCGAUAUUGCCAUUUCCAGAACUGCUACAGCCCGCGGCAAAGCAGAGCAAGCGGACAAAGCUGCCAAACAUGCUCGAGAGGAUUCGCAAAUAGCCAGAAUGGUAGCAAAGCAAUAUGCCCCAGAAUUCCACCAACCAGGUACUGGUUUUUUAAGACGAAAAUUCGCAUCUAGUCAAGAUUCCACCGAAUUCGGACAACACGUCACCAGCGAGGACUUUUCCCGCCGAUCUCUGCUAGUACCGAGCCCAGGGGACUUCAGCAGGUCCGAAUUCGACGAGACCCGCCUCAGCCCGCAGCCGCCGCCCGCGCAGUCGGCACUCCUCGACGUCUUCCGCAACACCUCGGACCGCCGGCCGUCGGCGGCCGGAUUCCUCAGACGCCCCUCUGCCGUCAACUUCCACCGCCGGCCCUCCACCGUCGUAGAGCUUAAGUACGUUCCUUCCUCGAUCGAGCAGGAAUUCAUUCCGAACAAUCCAGCAGCAGCAGCUCACAACUACAACCGUCCUCAGCAGCAGCCAUUGUUGAACUUGCAACAGGUCGUCGACGAUCACCACAAUCACUACUACCAGACCAAUCCGGAGAGUGACUCCAAUCCGCGGGGUAAGAAGAAGAAGAAGCCUGGCAUUGAUCUGACAGAACUUUCCAAAAUCUACGGCAUACCCCUCAGCAGGCCUCUAACCAUGGACGACGACGAAGGCUCUUCAUCCUUCCUGCCACAGAGACGGUCCACCAUGCCCAACGUUCUGGACGGGUCCACAGACACGGAGGGGUCUUCGGGGGAAGGGUUCGUGCGAACGGGUUCCCUGUAUAGCGCCACCAGGAAGAUGGAAGCACAGUCCAAGAACAGUUCCAUUGCCAGUGUGAGGAAGAAUAGCCUUCCGGACAUCAGCAGCAUCGGAGCAUCCGACUCUAAGUUGCUGUCCCGGGAAGCCAUUGCGAUCCUGAGUUCUCAAAGGCGCGAAGCCAUCAGGAGACAGGAAGAAGAAGCGAUGCGACUGAGAGCAAAUCCAUUACUAUAUCUGUUCAGCCCUGAAAUCUGGCGGCUACAAGGUGGUUAG